AUGGUUCUCCUUUCUCUGCCUCAGGAGCUGUUGCUCAAAGUCGUCAAGGAACUUCAUCUCGCAGAUGUUGAGACCCUAGCUCAAACCUUCAACAGACGCAUCCACGCCACAUGCAUGCCCUUCCUGACCAAGCGCAUAGCCGCUCGCAAGCACUCCAACCGCAUGAAGGAGUGCUUCGGCACUCAUGAGACUAGCGGCCACCUCUACAAGCUCAGCGGGGAUGUAGCAGAGCAGCUGGGCUUUGACGGGGUCGACGAGAUAUCGAUCCCCGAAGGGCCUACAAGCGUGGAAUACCUGGACCUCAACGGGGACCUGUCCUGGAUGGAGCCGCUCGACCCGCACACGGCGCAGAGCAUGGAGCCAUAUCACCAAGGCCCUGCUGCUGAGGAUCCGAAGCUCAUCGACAAGCUCAUCGCUGACGCUGAGAAGCUCGGUCUAGAGCUGCCGCCUGGGUUUGUCACCUUCAUGCGCAGCGAAGAGUUACAGUACCGGAUCCCCUCUGCCCAAGCUGCAUAUUUCACCCUCGCCGAGGACGGUUUCCGCAAGUGUCCCGACAAGCUAGACAACGGUCUUGGGGGCUACAUCAUCCGGUUCUUUGUCGACCAGCAGUGGUGCUGGGUCUGGAACCUGUACCUAUAUCCCGGCGGCAGCGCCGUGCUGGGCAGCCCUGUGGAUCUCAACUGCGAUCCCAAAGAGGCGGCCGACCAGCUCCUGGAGGAGGGUAGGGCGACGCAGGAGGAGAUUGACAAGGCUAAGGAAAUGGGGUUUCCUCUCACCUAUGCAAUGGAAAACGAUCUCGUCUUGCAUAGCCUCGGCUUCGAAGAGUUCCUGGCGACGACGUACUAUGAGGAGUUGAUGUUUUUCGUCAUGCAUGAGGAAACAAAGGUUUCAAAGGGUCUGAGAGAUUAUAUUGAUUACAACUACAGGAAGAAGGGGGGGCAAGCCAAAAAGGAGGAGGUCCAGCAGGAGCAAGUUGAGACACCUAGCUAG